AUGUUGGGCGACAACCAGCAACAGUUGAACUUUUCAACACUGGACAACAGCAGCCUACAACCCGUUGUUACGUCACUAGACAACGUCCCACAACUCUAUCCUGCCUCGCUCAACGCCACCGGUCAAGGACUUCGGCUAUCUGCCUCGUGCGAUGACGUCACCGGCCUCCGCCAUUUUAUGGCGUGUGUGGUGAACCCCGGCCUGGCCAGCGUGGGCCUGCUGGGAAACUUGGCCAGCGUGGCCAUCUUGGCCCGCUGUGGCCUCCACAAGGCCACCAACGUCUUGCUGCUGACGCUGGCCGCUGCCGACGCCAUGUACCUGCUGGGCGCCGUCAGCUUCGAGAACUUUCUCAGCUCCCUCGGGCAAAGCGACCGCGGGGCGCUGUACACGGGGUGGCGGCAAACGGAGCCCGUGGCGUUUUUCUGUUUCCUGGUGGAUCGUCUGCUGGCUGUGGUGACGUCAUGGGGCAGCUACGUGUCGACCAGCGUCCCCGCGGCCAUCAUCAUCGAGCGGUGCCUGGCCGUCUACCGGCCGCUCCACUUCCGGUCGUGGGUCACGCCCCGCGCCGCCUGGACUGUCAUGGCCGCUUGCUACGUCUUCUGGCUACCCUGGGCGCUGCUCAGCACCGUCCCCUUCAGCUUCUGGUACAUCUGCCUGUCUGAUGCCGAGUACUUCGGCUACUACACGCCAUCCGACUUCACCCAGCAGAACAUCAACUUCCUGUACAUCGUCGCCGCCUACAUGCUCAACUACCUGGGGGGUGUUGUCCCGGUCACCGUCUCCAUCAUUGGAUCCCUGUUCAUCGGAGCCAAGGUCAAAUCUUCAGCGCGCAUGCGCAAGCGACUCUCCGGGUCAAAGGUCAGCCACUCAUCUCACGUGACGAGAACCCUCGUGACGGUCUCGCUCGUGUUCGCCGUGGUCAACAUCUGCUACUACGUCAUCACGAGCGCCUACAAGGAUGACCUCAUCAACGGGACGGAGACCGGAUAUGACGUCAUAGAAUUCCAGAGUUUUCUUCUCGUCGUCUGCAGCUCCAGCAACUUUUUCGUCUAUGUCGUCUCGGAUCCCAAGUUCCGUUUGCAGCUUGACCAGGCUAUCGUCCGGUGGUGUUGUAGACUGAGGUCUAAACAUUUGUAG